ACCCAGAUAGAGUAUUUUCAACAUUUGGGGGAGUAAAGUUGCUCUAUCGGUGGAGUUAAAAGCGAGUGUAAAAAUCUGCAGAAACCCAGUGACAAUUUCAACUCUAUGGCAGUGAUGAAUAAGUUACCCGCCACUCUGCUGUGCUCUGUGCUGUCUCAAACGUUUGGCACUCAUUUCGGUGGCGGAAGACUCCGAAGGAGCAACCGAAGGCCACUGAUAUUUCUAGGUAAGUAAAAUCAUGUGUUGUCCACAACAACACGGUAUUUUUUAAACUUUACAUCAUUUUAAAAGUGUGCUGAUAUUAGAUGAGGUCAUAUUACAAGUUAUAGCAAUCCGUAUCGUUCUGUGUUUCUUUAUUUGUUGCAAUAUUUUCACGAAUGAAGUUGUUCAGAAUGAUUUAACUUAUGCGUAAAAUGAUUCGGUCACUAUUACAACAAAAGAUUUAAUACAGUUCAUAGCUAUUCUUAGUUAACGUAUUUCUAGCUUCCCAGACCACGUCAAUCUAGGCUUUUAUAUCAGCAUGCUUCUGAUAGUUAAUGUUGGUCUUUUAAAACGACUUAGAUCAGUGAUUGCAUGACGUGUUUGUUUAGCAUGGCUUCACAAUUUUAAAUGGUUAGUUCGAAUUAAAAUAGCUGAUGAGCUAACUAACUUUGGCACAAUGAAAUGUGAUCGAGAAUACGUGUGUAUUUUUACGUAAAGUGUGGUUGCACCACACGCACAUUUACUUAGGUUUAAAACACACUAAAACCUAUAAUAUCACGUUUUGACUGGAUUAAUACGUUAAUUAUUUAUGUAUUAACAGCUUUACAGACGUACGUAAGUUAUUCCUAUUCAUAAAUAUUAAAAUCGCGGACGUUCAUAUGACAUGCUAUCUAAUAUUUAGUUUGUUUGCCAUGACACACAAAAACGCGUCUCCUAUGCAACAAUAAUUACAACAAACCACAACAUAAAUUCAUAAAAGAUGUUCAUUUUAUUAAUUCGCUGUAAUCCACAUCUUUAAAAUUCAUACGAUUGCGAGGAACUGAUCCAAGUUCAGCCCUUUACAGCCAUCUUGAUCCCAGAUCUCAUCAGCGACUGUUAAGUAAAAUCGCGCGUUCGUAAAUUUAAAUUAAAAUAUCGCCUCACAAAGCUUUCCGACAUAUUGCAUUAUGGCAGUGAUAGUUGAACCAGCCUAACUUUGGAUUUUGAAUAUAUAUUUUCUUUGUAAACAGGGGCAAAAUGCUGUUGCGUGUUCAAUUUGGGGAAGAGCAGAAAUGCGUCUAGCUGUCUGAGCUGACAUUUGAUGCUUUCUUAAAAGAAGUUAAUACAAUAAUAAUACAAAGAAAAACAGCAGAGGAAAGGUGCCUCAGUCAGCAAAUCUCCUAAAGGUAUGUUAACUGAUCAGUGACAUGUGAUUAUAUUGGUGACCUGUGAAUUGUACAGAAAUUAGUUUUUAACAUUUUAUUUUGUCUUAAGUUGGUGGGCCAGGUCGUGUUCGUCAGCCCUUCACCUUUGACAGAACCAUUUGAUAAGGAUGUGGAAACAGUUGCUGUUUUGAGACACUCUGCUGAUGAAAAGACUGUCCGUGAGAAGAUGAAAAUGACCUUCAUAUAUCGGCAAGCAAUGGUCAACGAUGAAGCCAAAUCAUCAGAUGUCUUCUUGGUCUUCCCACGAUUUCUGGACACACCAGGACUGAUAGAACAAGAUUUCAGAUUUCUAUUUGGUGAGGCCACGGCCAACAAAUUCUUGGAGAAGUGGCCAACCACUUUUAAAGCAAAAGUAAUAAAGGAAAGCCAUGGACUUGUACCCACCACAGAACUGUUGGAUUUGAUGCGCAAUGCUGAGUCAGCUGCUGAAGUUGAGAAUGGCUGGGACAGUGACAUGUUGCUGCUGCUACAUCUGCUACCACCGUCUGCACAAGGUAGAAAGAGGCCGGGAAAGCUUUCUGCGUAUCAAGCUGUAGAUCAGCUCAUCAGAUUUCAAAAGGUUGGAACCAGUGUGCAGCAGCAUCUAGACAACAUCACCCAAAGCAGUCAGCCCUACCUUCUCGCCCAGGGAUCCACACAGAGCACCAUUCACUCCUACUUCAUUGUGGUUGACAAGCAUGCACUUCCAUGCAAGGCAACAGGUUCAGUUGGAGCUUUUGAUAAACUCUUUAAAGCCCAUUACGUCUUUGGUACGUCAUACAGUUCUUCCCUGAGCUGCUUUUUCACUUUUGUGCAAACAACCAUCUAUAACAUCGACUUGGGGGAAACAAAGGAGACUUCUAGAGUUGCAAGAAUGGUGCGUUAGUUUAGAUAAAACUAUGAAGUGUUUUCUUUAUGGUAAAAGGAGGUUCUGAAAUUGCUUUGGCAAUGCAAGUGCCCAGUAGCAUUUAGGUUAUGAAGGUUAAUUGGGCUAAACAUAAUGGGUUUGUUUAUCGCCCAAACUUGGUUAUCUGUGGCAAAGUUGAAUCUGAAGUGCCAGUGUUUUAUCAGAUUGAGUCAGUUCUGAUAAUAUUUGAAACUGUUGCUACUCACAGUGCCUUUAGGUACUGUAACUUUUUCAAGAACAUUUCCAUGCAUAUUAGGUGAUCAGAUCAAAGCAGGGAUUUUUAUUUCGUGCUGAUAACCUGCAUUACCCUAGGCCUUUUGACAUACAAAUGUAUGGAGGGAAUGACACAACUCUCCUUGUCAUGACAUAUUGCUUUCUCUGGUAAACAUUUUUAUGAGUUUUUAUACAUGUUUCUGUCAGAGACAAGGCAAUGGGUUUGCAAUGUAAAUUCAAUGACAUUGUAAUGCUUUACAAUAAAUUGUGAGUUCUGUGAUCUUGUGUUAUUGUGCUUGUUUUUAUUUGGAUAGUUGAUAGUUCUAUAAUUCAGUAACACUGGAUCUUAUUAGUUAUAUAUUUUUUAAAACACUAUAGAGAAAUGAAAAGUAAAUAUUACACUUAAAGUGUCAUUUUUUUAAGUAAAAUUGUAGAUAAAUGUACUCUAUACUGUGUAAUUAUAUUACUCUUAACAGUGUGAUUAAACUACAGUGUUAAAUACUUUUACACAUUUCAUUGUUAUUUUUUACACAUUAUUGAG